UGUCAUUUAUUCGUUCAUUCUUGUAUUUCUUGUGUUUUGUGAAGUUAUUCAGAAAGUGAAAAUGCAACCUCAGAUCCUUGUGCUGAAGGAGGGGACGGACCAGUCUCAGGGGAAGCCGCAGCUCAUCUCCAACAUCAAUGCGUGCCAGCUUGUCGUCGAUGCUGUACGUACCACACUGGGCCCACGUGGCAUGGACAAGCUGAUUGUCGAUCACAAUGGCAAAGCGGUCAUCUCCAACGAUGGAGCUACUAUUAUGAAGUUGUUGGACAUUGUUCACGCUGCUGCUAAAACUCUGGUGGAUAUCGCCAAAUCACAGGACGCUGAGGUUGGUGAUGGCACCACGUCUGUGGUGAUCCUCGCCGGAGAGAUCCUAAAAAGGAUGAAGCCUUUCGUUGAGGAGGGCGUCCACCCCCGCAUCAUAGUGCGCGCCAUCCGCACGGCGGGCAAGCUGGCUGUGGAUAAAGUGAAGGAGCUGAGCGUCAAGAUUGACAACAAGUCUCCCGAGGAGCAGAGAGAUUUGCUCCAGAAGUGUGCUGUGACCGCGAUGUCAUCCAAGCUGAUCCACCAGCAGAAGGGGCACUUCUCCAAGAUGGUGGUGGACGCCGUGCUGUCCCUGGACGCCCCGCUGCUGCCUCUGGAUAUGAUUGGCAUCAAGAAAGUGUCAGGCGGCGCGCUGGAGGACUCCUUCCUGGUGGCCGGUGUGGCGUUCAAGAAGACGUUCUCGUACGCCGGCUUCGAGAUGCAGCCGAAGAGCUACGACGACUGCAAGAUCGCGCUGCUCAACAUCGAGCUCGAACUCAAGGCCGAGAGGGAUAAUGCUGAGGUGCGCGUGGACAACGUAAAGGAGUACCAGAAGGUGGUGGACGCGGAGUGGCAGAUCCUGUACGAGAAGUUGGCUACGCUUCACGCCAGCGGCGCUAACGUGGUGCUCAGCAAACUGCCCAUUGGCGACGUCGCCACCCAGUACUUUGCCGACAGAGACAUGUUCUGCGCGGGCCGCGUGCCGGAGGAGGACCUGCGGCGCACGCAGCGCGCCUGCGGGGGCGCCGUGCUCACCUCGGUGCGGGACAUGAAGCCCGCGGCGCUGGGGCACUGCAAGCACUUCACCGAGAGGCAGGUCGGAGGCGAGCGGUACAACAUCUUCACUGGGUGUCCAGCGGCGAAGACGUGCACGAUGAUCCUGCGCGGCGGCGCCGAGCAGUUCCUCGAGGAGACGGAGCGCUCGCUGCACGACGCCAUCAUGAUCGUGCGCAGGACCAUCAAGAACGACGCCGUCGUCGCGGGCGGCGGCGCCAUCGACAUGGAGCUGUCGCGGCACCUGCGCGAGCACUCCAAGGCCGUGGCCGGCAAGGAGCAGCUGCUGCUGGCGGCCGCCGCGCGCGCCUUCGAGGCCAUCCCGCGCCAGCUGGCCGACAACGCGGGGCUCGACGCCACCACGCUGCUCAACAAGCUGCGCCAGCGGCACCACCAGGGUGACAAGUGGUAUGGCAUUGAUAUAGUGAAGGAGGAUAUUGGAGACAACUUCGAGUCGUGCGUGUGGGAGCCCGCCAUCGUCAAGAUCAACGCAGUCACCGCCGCUUGCGAGGCUGCCGCGCAGAUCGUGUCAAUCGACGAGACAAUCAAGAAUGCGAAGGGCGAAGCGCCGCCGCAGAUGGGCGGUAUGCCCGGCCGGGGCAUGGGCCGCCCGCGAAUGGGAUAACUUUCUAUAGAUAUACUCUUAUAUUUAUAUACCGCAACUUUUAUCGAGGGUGACCAUAACGGAAUGUUGAAGCGGUGACUGAAAAUUCAAAUUAAUUUUGUCGACAUAAGUGGGUAAAUAAGUUACUCGGUGAAUGUCACCCUCAAAAUUAACAUAAAUACUACAUAAGUUCUCGAAUGUAUCCCAAUGAGGUACAUUCCAAUCGGCGUUCCCCAAACACACGAUAGAUGGAGUUGUUAAGUUUUUUCUACGUUCAAACUUCUAAUUUCACGGAUAACAUACAUUCAAAUUCAAAAAUAUCUUCAUUCAGUAGGUAACAUAGUUACACUUUGAAUCGUCAAUUUUACAUAACGAACGUCUCAUCCGCCUAAAACUACUGCAGCUUCUCACAACCUGUAUAGCCGGGGGAAAGAAGCUGCAAGAAAAACCUCGGCACAGGGUCCUAGACGUUCUUCAAAAAAUAAACAUAAAAUAUUGAUAUACAAUUGAGUAAUUUAGCUGCCUAAUAUCAGUUCUCAGACAGUUAAUCCCAUGCAUUCAUAUCUUCUAAAUAAUCACUAACUUUAUAAUAACCUUUUUUGUAUAUAAUAUAAUAUGCAUCUUUUAUCGUUUUUCGUAUCGUAUCAACAGUGGCUGCAAGUUGUCUUUGAUUACUUGUGGCUCUGCCCACCCCAUUAGGGAUUACGGGCGUGAGUUUAUGUAUGUAUGUAUGUAUGUUAUCGUUUUUCGGUAUAAAUGAUGACCCUUUUUAUUACACCAAGGUACAAUUACAACUUCCACCCAUUAUUAUUCUGAUCAAAAUAAAGAAAAGCAAUAUAGGUAGCAACAUCAUUCUAUACAUAAUGUGAUCCAAAUAUCAAGCAACAAUUAGUUUUAUGUAUGCUUCUGCCAUUACAUUACAUUUUUGAAUAAUUAUGUACCCCAGCAUAAUAAAUGAUUAUGUAUGUAGUGAGGAGCUCGGUGGCGCAGCGGUUAACGCGCUCGGUCUGCGAUUGUUGAAGUUAAGCAACUUUCGCAAAGGCCGGUCAUAGGAUGGGUGACCACAAAAAAAAAGUUUUCAUCUCGAGCUCCUCCGUGCUUUGUGCACGUUAAGCCGUUGGUCCCGGCUGCAUUAGCAGUCGUUAAUAACCAUCAAUCCGCACUGGGCCCGCGUGGUGGUUUAAGGCCCGAUCUCCCUAUCCAUCCAUAGGGCCCGUGCCCCAGCAGUGGGGACGUUAAUGGGCUGGUGAUGAUGUACCCCAGCAAUGAGAAAAUAGGAAAAAUAUCACGUUAAAAGUGAACAACGCCAUCUAUCGUGUGUUUGGGGAACGUGGAUUGGAAAGUCCGGCAUUGUAUUCACCUGAUAUAACGCGUGGCACGUGAAUUUGUUCGCAUUUUGACAGGACAUGACGUAUUUGGGUUCACAUAUUAGCGUCUAUCGACAAAAUGACCGUGAAAACUUUUUACCAUUUUGCGCAUGUUAUCAGUCAACUUUCGAAUAACUUCAUAAUUUUAAUUAAAACACAUAAUAACGGGUUCUUAACGCGUUUAAAUGGGGAUAUGAGACUCCCGAUAUUUCGACACUGUUGAAAGUGCCAUGAUCACGGGAUGACUGAUGAGAUUGGAGUGGAGUAGGUAGAUCCAUAAUUUUCUAAGGGCAGACAUAUCUGUCUACCCUCUUUCUUUGCCGCUUGUUUAUGUUUUUGAUAUCGGAAUGUUCGGAACCAUCUGAACUCGCACCAAACUCACUACGACAAACAGUGUCGAAAUAUCGGGAGUCUCAUAUCCCCAUUUAAACGCGGUAAGAACCCGUUAUUAUGUGCUUUAAUUAUGAUAAUAACCGCGUAAACUUAAAACAAUGUAUAAACUUCAUAAUUUGUUUGCUGGUGCAACAAAAAUAUAUGUUUUCUCGUCAAAAUGGCGAGAAUUUUAUUUUCAAGUAUUACCUCGGGAUGGGAUAAGCCCAGUUUCGACACGCUAGUAACACUAUUGAUUUGGUCAAUCCUCAGAACAAUAACUAAAGCAUAGAAGGAAGGCUAAAAUAAGAAUUCAGAAACUAUAAACCGGCUCUCUUCUAGCUUACGACACAAACUAUGAGUGAGAAAAGGACAAAUGAUUCGCUCUUUGCUUAAUUUUUUCCGAGGUUGUCACACCGAAUUAUUUGACACGGUCGCGUGAACUUUGUUUAUGAGUGUCUUGUGUUCAGAUUGUUUUAAGUGAUAAUUUAACAAUAUUUUUCCAAAUAAAUGGAAAGAAACUUUUAUUUAUAUCAAAUAAUUGAGUGUCUCGACUCUGUGACAUUAUGUCUUGUGUGGUAUGGGGCUGCAGCUCACAUUCAGGAAGAAAAGAAAAUAGCCAACAACUUCUGUCGUUUCAUCGGUAAGUUUUUUGUAAUUUUCUAGUGAAAUGUGAACUGCUGAACAAUUUUAGGAAAGUAAUAUGUUUUGCUGAAUAGAUUUGUAGCAUACAAUAUUUGAGAUAUCCAUUAUAUUAUACGUUUCAUCGAUGAAUACGGAAUUGAUUUGAGGUUAUGUUGAUUGUCCAUAGUGAUAUACUAAAAUUAUCGAUACUUUUAAUUUUUAGAUUUCCUGUAGACGAUAACAAAGAGAAAGAAUGGAUAAUUCGCAUUAAUAGACGAAAUUGGAUUCCAAAUAAGUACAGCCGUAUUUGCUCGAAACAUUUUACUGCGGAAUCAUUUAUGUGUGUUCCUAAUUCGAAGUGGAAACGUCUUCGAGACGAUGCUAUUCCUACAUUGAACAUUAUAGAUCAGACAGGUGAAAUGGUAAUUACGGCCGAGCACCACACACCCGAAGUCUCGACGGCAAAAGGGACAAAAAUGUGGGUCCGCGUUAAAUUCCCAUAUUUCGCCAGUUUUUGGCUAGCGGCCCAAUCGGCAGCCGGCCCUGAGGUGCGCUGCUGCAAACCUGCAAGCGCAGGUCGCGUCCCACAAUAAAGCACGCCCCCUCUCCUAGGGUAUGAGCGUGAGCCCAUCGGGCCUCUUACCGUCUGUGCGGCUUAGACCCGGCGGUUCCAAUUUGCACGGCACGUCGAUCAACACCAGUGCACGGCGGAUGACAUCAUAAAUAAAUUCGAAUAUUACAAAAUACUUACCGAUGAAACGAUAACAGUUGGCUAUUUUCUUUCCUUCCUGAAUGUGAGCUGCAGCUCCAAACUAAUAUAAACCAGACAAUAUAAUCCAAAAAUGGUUAGAUACUACCUAUCAGAGACAGAGUCUCCUUUCAUCAAGAAGAAGAUAAUUGCGUCCUACAAAAAAAAUCUUGUAAAAAAAAUUAUCGACAUUAAUUGUAAGUAAAUUUAAUUUUAUCGACAUAUUACUAAAGUGAAACCCAACACUAGGCAAUGAAAAACUUGUGACAACCUACGAAAUUACGAAACAAUUUUUGUAUAUGCGUCUUUGUCUAACAUUACGCCGGUUCCGUAAGAUAAAGUAGAGCAGAAUUAUAGAGUUAUGUUGCUAUUUUAGCCUUCCUUCUAUGCUUUAGUUAUUGUUCUGAGGGUCAAUCGCUUAUAAUGAUGUAACGUAAGCUGGCGACUAUAUCCCAAUUGGCUAUUUGACAGUUAGUAAAUAUCCGAAAUAACAUUUUCAUAUUUUUUUAAACGAAGAAAAAACUUAACACCAUCUAUCGUGUGUUUGAGGCACGCCGUUUGGAAAGUCCCUCAGGGGUGAGUCAUGUCAGGGGCCUAUGGCGGCGGCUCAGUGAUUACCCUGGUGGGUUUAUGGACUUGGUAAUCCACCUCAAGAUCCACACGAUAGAAGAAGAAACAAUAUUAAAUAUGUCGCAUAUGGUAGUUUAUCAUUUGACGAUAAUUAUCCAAUAGUUCUUUUUUAUUGAGGUCAUUUUUAAAUGUUAUAUUUUUACAAAACAAGAUGCCUUUUUUUAUCUGUGUAUUACAAGACCCGAAACACGGGCGGCCAUGAUGGAACUUCGUGUGACGUCACAUUUCGCAAAAUAAACAAAAGCUGUCAGGUUUGAAGUCAUACUGUUUGACAGUUUCUUUGUUUGGUGAACUGUGUUGUCACUGGGCGAAAUGUCAUGUGACCAACCGUUAUCGCGCGAAAUUUAAAAUAAUUGAAGAGAAAUGUGUUUUUUUUUU